UGGUUUUCUCCUCUGCUGCCACCUUGCUGGCAAGCAGCCACUUCACACAAGUUUCCUGGUGGCUUCCAUCUCCCUGUUGCCAGCCACGUCUCCCUUUCUGCAGGCAGGCUGUGCUCUGCCAAGAGCAGUGGAGCAGUUUCACUACCUGCUGUGGCCGGACCACGGGGUGCCCAGGAACGCGUCGCAGCUGCUGUGCUUGGUGGAGGUGGUGAACAAGAGGCUGCUGGAAGCACCUGCUGGACCCGUGCUGGUGCACUGCAGCGCCGGGAUCGGGCGCACGGGUACCUUCAUCGCCCUGGACUUCCUCUUGAAGAUGGGCAAGGCCGAGGGGAAGGUGGAUGUGUUUCACUGCGUGCAGCAGCUGCGGGAGCAGCGGGUCAGCAUGGUGCAGACCAAGGAGCAGUACAGCUUCCUGUACGAGGCGCUUCUCGAAGGCUUGCUCUGCGGCAACACCGGGGUCCCAGUGGAGAGCAUCACCACCCUCGUGCGCUCCCUUGGAGAAGAUGAGACCACAGGCCACACCAGAGUCCUAGAGAAGGAGUUCAAGGCCCUGCAGAGAUUUUCUGAGUUGUUCCAGCUGCUGCCGUGCAGAGAAGCAGAGAAAGCCAGAAACCAACCCAAGAACCGCAAGCCAGGGAUCCUGCCAGCGGAUUCCUGCCGGCCCAUCCUGAUGUCCUCGGUGAACGCAGACGGCUCUCCAGCUUACAUCAACGCCGUGUUCGCCAGCGUAAGGCUCCGGCCGCCGGAGCGGGAGCGGCUCGGGGCAGCGGGGACGCUCCUGAGCCCCCUGCUCGACGCCAGGCAGGGCACCGGCCCGGGCUGAGGUGUCCCAGCCCCCGGGCUCCUGCACAGAGCCUGCUGGCCCUGCUGCCAGGAGAUGGCCCC